ACUACUUAAAAUUACAAAAACUUUUUUUCAACGUUUCAUUAGGUAAUGGAACAUGCUACAGACAAACUGGACUCGAAAUUUACUUUUGUAAGGGACAAUGAGAAUUUGGAACAAUAUUGUAAGAGUUUAUUUUUCUCUUUAGUUCAUGGCAUUCAGAAGUCGAAUGGAAUUCCUACCGAACGAAAUGGAGCCUUUUAUCGCAGCUUUAGUUUUUUUGAUUUAAAACUCCACCGAUUACAAGAAAAACUAGCGAAUUUAAUAGAUGAACUUUUUCUUUUGGUUCCAAGCACCGAGAACCUUUCCUUAAGCUGCCAAACUUUCUUCGACGAACAGUUUAAUGUUGUGGUUGACUUUCUAGACCACUUACUUGAGCAAGUGGAUACAACUAUCGACUUAAAUAUUAAAGGGAUUAAAAACAAUCCCUUAACUUGUUCAGGGAACCAACAAAGUUUUACUAUGAAGACACAUUUGAAGAAGCCAAUUUCGCUUAAUACAAAAAAUAUACCAAAGCCACAAAUUUUCUUUCCGGAAAAAAUAGACAAUAGCAACAGCCCUUUCGUACCCAAACUCAAGAGGAAACUUAAUGCGGCUUCUGAAGACUUUACUCCUAUCUUUGAUGAGGAAACCAACUCUUAUGCGCAUCCGUACGAAUUCGAGUUAACUACUUUUACGGUGUCUCAAAAGCAAAUGCAGGAGGUUGUUCCACAGAAAUUUCAAGAUUUAAAAGGCAGUCCAAUUUUUUACGUUGACACUCUCACAACGUUGCAAGAGUUGUGCACUUAUUUACAGUCUGUUUCUGAAAUUGCUGUGGACUUGGAGGAAAAAAGCUUUUACCCUUUUAAAGAACUCAUCUUAUAA